GCGCGUGGAAGCAUGGGUGCGGUGCCUCAAACACGGGCAGUGGGAGCCGUCCGAGUCCAUCGAGCACUGGAGCACCCUCAGCAGCAGCAAGAACGCUGGCAGCAGCGCGCUGCUCCCCCCACAAUCGCCCCCCGCGCCCCACCACCACCACUCGGCCAGCGCCAUGAGCAAGCGGUCCAUGUCGCACGGCCACAUGCACGGGGGCGCGGCGGCCACAGGGGGGAACAUUCAGGCGGCGGUGGCGGUGGGGGCGGCAGCGGCGGCGGAGCAUGCGGGGCGGGUGGUGCGGGGGCUCGACAAGCACGCGGCCGCCGUGUACCUCUCCAUGCGCGGACUGCUGGUCGUGCCGCCGCUGGGGGCGUUCUCGUCGCUCAAGACUCUCGACCUGUCGCGCAACAACAUCACGUCAGUGGCAGCGGGCGUGCUGCCUCGGUCGCUGCACAUCCUGGACCUGUCGCACAACCGCCUGGCGGCCGUGGAGGGGCUGCGCGAGCUGUCGCGCCUCAAGGUGCUCAACCUCUCCAACAACCGCCUCGCGCGCAUCGGCCACGGCCUAUCGGGCUGUCUGGCGCUGCGAGAGCUGUACCUGGCGGGCAAUAGGGUGGGCGAGGUGGAGGGGCUGCACCGCCUGCUGAAGCUCACGGUGCUGGACCUGGGCGGCAACAAGGUCACCACCACCAAGGCGCUCGGCCAGCUCGCCGCCAACUACGCCUCGCUGCGAGCGCUCAACCUGGCGGGCAACCCCAUCCACGUCAACCUGGGGGACGAUGCCUUCAAGCGCUACCUCAUCGGUCUGCUGCCCCAGCUGCUGUACCUGAACCAGCGCCCCAUCAAGACGCCCUCCUCGCGCGACGCUCUCUCGGACCCCCUCAAAGCACGUGGGGCGGGUGCCCCCCAGCUGCACCACGGGCACUCCUCGCGCUCCGCCUCGCGCACUGCUGGCACCAGCACCUCGCGCCACCGCACCGGGGGGAGCAGCAGCAGCGGGCUCAGGAAGGCUGCAGCCGGGGGUGCUAGUGGUUCAUCUGGCGGAGGGGGCACAGGGAGCGGCCACCACCGGGCACACCAUGGGACAAGUAGCGGCGCGCAUCACUCUUCCCGCACUCGCACUGCCACAGGGGGGCACUCAACGCACCGGAGUAGGUCGGGGGUUGCUAGCGGGAGCACCACAGGCGUUGCGUCGUCGUCGCGUCACCACCACCAUCAUCAUCACCAUUGAGCGCCUUCUGCUCAGUAAGCUGCUGAGGAUGGUAUACAAUGCUAGGCAUGCUGAGUGCGAAGCUGGUAAGGUUUGUUUUUGUUCCAUGAUUGAUUUGUUUGUCGUGCUUUUGGAAUACCGAUUGCAUUGAUUGGCUUGUGUGGAAUAAGUUGCAUGACAGGAGGUUGUAGAACACUGCAGCUUGGUGGUGUAUGGCCAGGAAGACGCACGCCUGUUGAGUACCUCCAUAGUCAGAUAUAGAGACCUUGCACUGAACUGUGUAAAGCAGCGGAAAUCGGAUUGUAGAAUGGCAUUUCAUACGGGGUUCUCGAUUUCCCCGUUAUUGCCAGCGUGAAGUGGCGUUGCUGAACAUCCAUCACA